UUUCUUUUCCGCUUCGCUCACCCCGAAUCUCCAUCCCAUCUGCGAGGGUUCUACCAAGAACCCUAGAUUUGCGAUCAAUGGCGGGCCAAUCCGAUCCCCAUCUGUCCGUAUUCUCUCCUCCGGAGGUGGAGUUUCUCGCGGAGGAUGAAAAGGUGGAGAUCAUCCCCAAAUUGUCACUGGGGUCUCUGCACAUGAUCUGUGGUGAUUUCGGCCCUUUCCGUCCGAACAUUGCUAGUGAAGUACCGUUGUGGCUGGCGGUGGCUCUGAAGGAACGCGGAAAAUGCGACAUUCGUGCUCCUGAUUGGAUGUCAGUUGAUAAGUUGAUGCAAAUCCUAGAAGCAGAACGAGAGUCUCCUAGGGAAUUUCAACCUCUGCCUUUCCACUACAUUGAAAUUUCAAAGCUUUUAUUUAAACAUGCUCAUGAUAAUAUCCAAGAUAUAUACAUGGUGAGAUCUUUAAUUGAGGAUAUUAGAGAUGUGAGGUUCCAUAAGGUGGAAACUGGCUUGCAGACGAUAUCUGGUCGUACACAUGCAGUAAAGCUAAAAAAUCUCUCUGCAAUGGAAGUAAAUAUAGUGCGCCCAUUCAUGAUAAGGACCUUACAAGCUUUCUAUAAACAUGACAGUCCACAUAUUAUUCAGCAACCUGAGAAAUCAGGUAGCAGACGGCCACAAGCACCAGACCGCGGUCCAAGACGAGAUCUUCGGCAGAGGUAGAUGCACCAAAGUUAUUUGUCUCAAUUGGCAAAUGAUGAUAUCAAACUUUUGUCAUGAAUGUAUGUGUAUAAUGACUAAGGUAAAUAUUAUUUCAAUUACUUUACAAGAGACUUGUUAAGCUUCAGUUUGCGUACUAUUUUGUAUAAUGGAUAUUUAUUAAGUUACUCAUUGUAGAUCUUACCGUUGCCCAUA